AUGCAUCCGUACUCGCGUUUCAACGAAGGCUACCACAUACUCACCGUCAUCGAUGUGUUGAGCAAGCACGCCUGGGCCGUGCCGCUCAAGGGUAAAGGCGGCAACGAGACAGCUGACGCUAUUGCUGAGAUAAUUCGAGAUAGCGAGAGGUGCUCUAGUAACCUACAAACCGACAUGGGGAAGGAAUUUUACAACACCGACGUGGAACGUCUCGUGAAAAAAGGCAUCGGUCGUCGAGCGAUUCAAUCGCACGUUAAAAAACAACAUGUGAAAGAUUUUUACGCUCAACGAAAAUUACAAGUGGGUUACACGCCGGAUUGGACCACCAAGGUGUUUAAGAUCGUUAAAGUGCAGCAUACCAAUCCCGUAACUUACCUACUCGAGGACUAUCGUGGAAAAUCCGUCGCUGGAGCGUUCUACGAACACGAGUUGCAUCGCGCGACUUAUCCGGACGUGUAUUUCGUGGAGAAAAUAUUGCGCAGGAGGGGCGACGAGGUUUACGUGAAAUGGCUGGGAUUCGAUGGACCGCACAACUCUUGGAUACACAAGGACAAUGUUAUUUAA